CCCAGCAGUGCAGGCUCCGCCCCCGCCAGGAGCUGGGCCAGAAGAUGGCGGCAGCCGCGGAGCUGAAGCUGCUGGAGAGGUCUCUGGGACUGAGGCCGGGGAAUAAGUACAGCGCUCAGGGCGAGCGACAGAUUCCAGUUCUACAAACGAACAAUGGUCCAAGUCUAAUGGGAUUGGCCACCAUCGCAACCCAUCUAGUCAAACAAGCCAAUAAAGAGCACUUGCUGGGGAGCACCGCAGAAGAAAAGGCCAUCGUUCAGCAGUGGUUAGAGUACAGGACCACCCAAGUAGAUGGACACUCCAGUAAAGAAGACAUCCACACCCUGCUGAAGGAUCUGAAUUCCUAUCUUGAAGACAAAGUCUACCUUGCAGGCUAUAACUUCACCUUGGCAGACAUCCUACUGUACUACGGGCUCCAUCGCUUUAUAGUUGACCUGACAGUUCAAGAAAAGGAGAAAUAUCUUAAUGUGUCUCGCUGGUUUUGUCACAUUCAGCAUUACCCUGACAUCAGGCAACAUCUGUCUAGUGUUGUCUUCAUCAAGAACAGACUGUAUGCUAACUCCCACUAGAAGUCCCUGCUGUGCAGCAGCAAGAUUAGAAGUGUAAUGGAAAAUGUAUUUUGGACCAUGGUUCUAAUGUAAAUUAAUAUGAUGUCAUCGUUUCUUUGUUAAUGUUGGUAGAAUUUUUAAUGUGUAAACUCAAGUCUGGCUGUCCCUUAGUUGAAGCUUUGCAGUUUUUUAAUGUAAAAGUUCAACUGUCAUCCAAACAAAUCACAAUCGGGUUACAAAUUAUCUCGUAUUUAUAGGUGAAAUUUAUUUUAAUAAAAGUUGCAAAUCAGUGUCAAAA